GCGUUCAAUCUGGUUUUACGCGUCGAACGAGGCGGAUGUGUGCGCACUCUCCGGUAGUUGGUGUGGGAAACGCGCCACAAAAACAUUUUUCGAGUACGUCUGAUGAUUGAAAGGUGUGAAUAUCCGUAAAAUUAUAGUGCUUUAGUUUGUAUACAUUACGGUUAAUGAGUGUUGCUUAAGGGUUGCUAAUAAAUUAGGAACCAAUCGACAGCAAGCAACAGUGCAUGUGACACUAUUUUCUCGUAGGUGUUUUUUCGGCAGUUUAGGUCGCGGGCAGUACACAUACACACAUUUAGUACACAAAUAUACAAUUCACAUACGGUCCUUCACAACCUCUGCGCGCGCCCCCCCGCUCACAAACCCACAUGCAUACGAGAUUAGGUUCGCGGCUAGACGACGACACAGUGCAAGCAAGGAUUAGUGGUGGUGGUGGUGGUGGUGGCCGUGGUUGCGGGAAAAGUGCCAGCGGUGUUAGGGGGAGUGACGGAGGCGGCAAAGGAUUAACUCGUUCGUGGCAACAAGAGCGAUGUCGUUGCUGCCGGUCGCGUGUUUGUUUAUAAAAGGAAAUGAUUGUAACCUUCUUCCCGUGUUGUGCCGACUAGAGAUGCUGUAGGCGUGCGUGUGUGCCAGCCAGUACAACCAGAUCCCGGAUACGCUACAAUAUCCCUUUCUCGCUCGGUUCCAAUACAACACACACACACACCCAGGUUCCGGCUGGACGGAUCGGGGGGAGGGAAAGGAAACCACAAAGAAAGGUAGAAAAAGAGUAAACCAGCAGCAGACAAUCAAUGCGCAUAAUGACAUCGACCGAGGUGAACGGUGGUGGUGGCGGUGGCGGUGGCGGUGGCACGACGGGGACCCCGACGGCCCGCGGCAGCAACGUGUCCGUAACGACGAUCAACUGCGACGAUGGCGGUGGUGGUGGUGGUCCGGUCGAAACCGUUGGGACGGCGUUCAAGCACAACAACAACAAUAACAGCCUCAACAACAACAACAACAGCACAGCGGGGACGACAACCACUAGUAGCAGCCUGAACAACAACACACCCGCCACGACGACAACAAGUCCCUCAAGUGGCAUCUUUGGAAACGUGGGCGGCGCGAUCCGCAUCACCGUGCCGAAGAUGGAGGAGUCGGACGAAUCCGACACGGAGCUGUCGAACAUCGAGAAGACGGCGGCAGCGGCAGCGACGCUAACCAACGGUGUCAGCAUGCGGGAGGAGCGCAGCGCCAGCAAGAGCCUGCCGCGGCCAAUGUCCUGGGAGGGCGAGCUGUCCGAGCCGGAGGAACCGAUGCUGGUCGAUAAUGAAAAUUCCAGCUCGAGCUCGAGCGGUGGCGGCAAGCUGACAAUCGCACCGAUUGAUCCGUCCCCGAUCGCGAUGAUAGUGCCGAAGCGGGAGGAGGAACAGCAGGAACCGGCAACGUCCGGGCCGGGCAUUACGGAACCGCUGGCACUGACCGCUUCCAACGGGGGCGGUGCCGUCGGUUACAACCUUUCCGCGCACGGUGGUCAGCAGCAGGGGGCGGGCACGGCGCCGCUCCGGAAUGCGGGUGGGAGCAGCAGUAGCUCGAGCAAUUCGCCCCUCCCCGCGAACCGGCUGCUGAUCAAGCCGGAAGCGGGCCUUCCGCUGAUCAACCCCGGGCUGGCGUACAGCGCAAGCGCGGCCACCGGCAUGCCCCUCAAGAAGGGUGGUGGCGGCGGUCUGCCGGAUGUGAUAAACCUCAAGUACGAGCUGCCACCGGGCGGUGAUCCGGGCGGUGGUGGUGGUGGUGGUCUGCCACCCGGUGCCAUCCAUUCGCCGCUGCUCGUGCGCUCCAAGACGUCGCUGCUGCCCGCCAACCCGAGUCCCGACUCGGCUAUCCACUCGGUGUACACGCACAGCUCGCCGAGCCAGUCGCCGCUGACGUCCCGCCAUGCCCCGUACACGCCGUCGCUCAGCCGGAACAAUAGCGAUGCGUCGCACAGCAGCUGCUACUCGUACAGCUCCGAGUUUAGUCCGACGCAUUCGCCGAUCCAGGGGCGGCACAGUAUAUUUGCCAGUGCGGCGGGGGGUGGUGGAGGUGGUGGAGGGGGGAGUGCAUCGUUCAAUGGGUCACCGUUGCACCACUCAGUAUUAUACAAACCGAUGCUGGACGGGAGCGAACAGCAGCAGCAGCAUCAGCAGCAGCAACAGCAGGCCUUGAAGCAGUUGGCAGCGGCGGCGGCAGCCGCGGCCCAGGAGGAGCCCCUGUACGAGGGGGACCAUCUGCCGUCGCCCGGGAUAUCACGCCAGCAGCUUAUCAACAGUCCGUGCCCAAUCUGUGGCGAUAAGAUAUCCGGCUUCCACUAUGGCAUUUUCUCGUGCGAGUCGUGCAAGGGCUUCUUCAAGCGUACGGUGCAGAACCGUAAGAACUACGUGUGCCUUAGGGGAGCGGCCUGUCCGGUGACGAUAGCGACGCGCAAAAAGUGUCCCGCUUGUCGGUUCGAGAAGUGCCUUCAGAAGGGAAUGAAGCUGGAAGCAAUUCGUGAGGAUCGUACGCGCGGCGGACGCUCGACCUACCAGUGCUCGUACACGCUGCCCGGACCGAUGGGCGGUGCGGGAGGGGCGGGCAUGCAGGCGGGCGACUCACCCGGGCCGGGACCGUUCCAGUACGGUGGCACGGUACGCUCACCGUACGUGGGAGGCGGUGCCGGCUCGACCGUUGGCGGUGGCCAGCAGAUGAAGAUGGAACCACCGGACGGUGGUGGUGGUGGUGGUGGAAUGAUGAUGGGUGGCUCGGGAGCGAUGAGCAGCGGCAUGAGCGGCAUGAACGGCACGGGCAGUGGACACGAUGGAGCUGCCAGUGGUGGCGGUGGUGGAGGGGGAAAUCACAUGCAACCAGGCAUUCCAGUACUGCUACAGGAAAUCAUGGACGUGGAACCACUGUGGCAGUACAACGCACAGGAGCUAGCACGGCUGAACCAACCAGCAACGAACGUGAGCAGCGCAACGAUCGCCAACAACCCGAUCCUGUCCAGUGCCGGCAUCUCGUCCGACAGCAGCCCCGAUCUGAUCGCGAACCUCUGCAACAUUGCCGACCACCGGCUGUACAAGAUCGUCAAGUGGUGCAAAAGCUUGCCGCUCUUCAAGCACAUUUCCAUCGACGACCAGAUCUGUCUGCUGAUCAACUCCUGGUGUGAGCUGCUGCUGUUUUCCUGCUGCUACCGAUCGAUCUCGACACCGGGCGAGAUCAAAAUUUCCCUCGGCAAGUCGAUCACGCUCGAGCAGGUGAAAAACAGUGGACUGCAGACGUGCAUUGAGCGCAUGCUGAACCUCACAGACCAUCUGCGGCGGUUGCGCGUCGACCGGUACGAGUACGUGGCGAUGAAGGUGAUCGUACUGCUCUCGUCCGACACGUCCGAGCUGAAGGAGUCGGAAAAGGUGCGAACCAGCCAGGAGAAGGCACUGCAGGCACUGCAGGCGUACACCCUCGCCCACUAUCCCAAGUCGCCGGCCAAGUUCGGCGAGCUGCUGCUGCGCAUACCGGAGCUGCAGCGCACGUGUCAGGUUGGCAAAGAAAUGCUCACGAUUAAACCGAAGGACGGCGAGGAGCCGUCGUUUAAUCUGCUAAUGGAGUUGCUUCGCGGUGAGCACUAGAAACGACAAGACUUCGCCGCAGCUACGCGCGCCUGCCUCCCGUUCGAGGCGUUCGAGACCCCGGAAAUAGUGUGUAGGGGUGCUGGAACACCCCGACGAACAACAAGCUAUCCGGGUUGUUUGUGCAUUUUGUUUUAAAUUGUACAACGCGGAUCAUGGUCAUCGUCCUAGUAAUAGGUAGUAGUAGUAGUAGUAGUAGUAGCAGUAGCGAAUGUGUGAGUGUUGCAGCGCAGCAGUUAAGGUGAAAGAAGAAUGGUUCGAUUUCGCGAGCAGAAAAAGAGCUGUUUUUUUAACUGCUCGCUGUAGGUAGCUUGUAAACGUUAUGUUAUUCGUUUUUAACCGUUUUACGUGACCCCUCAACAAGGAUGCACGGUUUAUAGAGCCGCCCGUUUCGUUUGCAUGGCACAUAGAAACACUGAACGGAGGACGCGGCAUGCUAACCGUUUGUUUUCUAAUGGUUGGCCAUUUUUAUGGUUACGUUCCCUUGCACAAUCUGAUUAGUUUGCUAGUGUUGCUAUUUUUAAUGUAGUUAUGGAAUCUUUACAUACACACCCGGCUCCUCCCAUUUUAAAUGAAACAAAAACACACGCACCGAAAUUGUGUGUGUGUGUGUGUGUCUGUUUCGGUUAAUUCCACAACAACCCUCCAAUAGUGAAUUGUUUGUUUUUUUAACAUUUUGCAAACAUGUGCUUGCUGUUAUAACACAUAUUUGCUCGUUUGUUCGUUAUGCUAGAUUAAACCUAGAAGUGGGUUUAGCUAUGUUUUUUUUUUUUGUAGAAUGGUAGUGUGAAGAAGCCUUUCCUUACACAACACCCUUUUAAAUUGGGUGUUAGCUUCCCCAGCACCUUUGACCGGUGGACGACUGUGUGUACGUGUGCGACGUUGAAGCGAUAUUUUCCAUGGAGCUAAUAAUGUAAGUUUUGGGCUAAGAAAAAAAGUAACAACAACAACAACAACAAAAACACCACGGUUUCCAUAUAUUACAGUGUAGAAGAUAACGAGUAAACAUUCUAAAAACAUUUAAAUCGGGAAAAAUCGCUAAGCAGAUUAGUAAAAGGAAGAAAAAAAGAACAAAAAAGGUAAUUCAAUUAUUUUCGAAAAUAAAAAGAGCCAAUCUCAGCCUAGCUCUAGCCGUUACUAGGUCUGAUAUGAUCAUUCGAAUCGAUCGAAAAUACCACCGAAGUAGAAAUGGCCGGCAGAAAGGAAGGAAGCCCACACCGGGUGCGCAAACAGUAGCUGAAAGUGUGUGCCUUGCUUUGCGCAUCGAACCUGAAACCGGCUCCCUUUUUGAAUAAAAAAAAACAAAGAAGAAGAAGAAGAAGAUCUUUUCUCGCGAUUCCGGGGCUUAUUCCCCUUUUCCCACGAAGGGGCGUAGCGACAGACAGCAGACCGAGAGAGCGUGUAUUUAUUCAAAAAAGCGGACGAAAAAGAGCAGCGUGUAAAAGGUAUUUUGGGCAGACGCGUAGCGUAGCUUUUUAUUGAUUUCUCUCGAAGCGAGGCAGCAGUAUCAGCCGUGGAAAAUGUUAUCAAAAACAUACAAACAUACACACACACAGGCAGGCAGACAGACAGACACACGUAACAUAAGCAAGAAAAGAAAGAAAAAAACAGAAAGGUAAAAAAAAUCGAAAAUGAUAAAACAAGCAUCAAAUGACUGAAAUUUUUAGCAAAUAGAGCAAUUAAUUAAAAACUAGUACGUAAGAAAUAAGGUAAUAUAAGGAGAGGGAGAGAGUGACACAUACACACACAGGCUAAAAGGCCACAUGUGUCGGCGCGAUCGGUUUUCCGUUCUUUUGUCGGUUUCUUCGGUUAGUGGGCAAAAGAAUGCGCGAAAGACUGAUUGCGUGUAAGCGCUAAAGACGACUGGUGUACAUACGAGGACGAGCGAUCAUUAUUAUUAUUAUUAUUAUUAUAUAGUUUGUACUGUUUCACAGGCCUUCCUUCCCUUGAUUCGUUUCUUGCUCCCACUCCCCCCCGAUUGCCGCGGGAAAUUGUUCUUUGUUUCUGUGUUUUUAAAAAUCCCCCUUCUCGUAAGGGGGUGUUUAUAGUGGCUAGUUUAACGCUUAAGUGUAGCUUAGUGUGAAAGGUUGGACCGUUGUACGGUGAGGGCGAAUUUAAACCGUUCGAUUCACAUACCGCUAUUAUUGCUUCCAGUGUGUUUGUUUGUUUGUUUUUUUCUUCUAAAUAUCUUUAAUGCAAAUAACAGGAUAUAUUUCCUUUUUUGCCCCCAAUUUUCCGAUUUCCAUCCGUUGGAAUUGUUUCCCUUUCUCUACUGUUCUAGUGCAAUACUCGGAUGAUGAAAAUCUGUAACCCCACUUUUCCCUGUUUUUCAUCACACCAGCAACCACGUGCUUCUUUCCCUAGAUUGUAGUUUUGGAUGGUUAAGAGAGAGAUAAUUAGAGAGAUAGAACAAUGAAGAGAGAGAAAGAGAGAGACAGACAGAUAGUGCAGUGUAACAAAGCAAAUGUCCUUAAGAAGGAUAAAAAUGGCAUUUUUGAUUAUGUUUUAAUGCGUAGUUCGAAACAAAUCCCUCCCUUUCUUUCUCCAUAUUUCGUUCGCUUGUGUGCAUUACAAGUUGAACCUUUCAAGCUUCGUUUCCUUGGUUUGUUUUACAGCAACAACAAAACAAAAAAAAAAGAACAAGAUUUGUAUAAACGAUUUGCCUUUCUAAUUAAAUAAGGCGUGCGCAAGGGAAGUAAAAUUUCAUAACAUAACAACAAAAUGUGAUCGAUUUAAUAAUUAUAGCAACUUCCCACCCCGCCGCCGCGCCGCCUGCGCCGGGUUACACGUGUAAGACAGUGUUACGUGGCAAAACGUUUGCCAAGCAGAUACACGGGAGGAAAGAUGGCUUUUUUUACCUUUGUUUUGGCGUGUAGCAUUUAAGACGAACUCCCUCCCUCCCCCCGCCAGUAGGGAUUACUGCGUGCGUGAAUGUAUGUGUUUAUUUUUAUUUUAUGUUUUGGUAUCUGAACUACCCUACAAAAGGGAGGACAGAGUUUGUUUAUUACCGUUGUUUUCUAUUUUCAAAUCUUUAUACGCCUCUUUUUGUUUUAAACGGAUAAUUCGGUCGAUUGCGCACUUACGCUACCGGAUGAGCAGAAUAUUGAGCGCAAAAGCGGCAGUCAAGUGCGCAGGCAUUGUGUGCGCACAAAGCAUGGAGCAGAAAAUUAUAUAGCAAAUUAUACCAGCUACUUAUAUACAUAUAUAUAUACACAUCUAAUGCAAAUAUUGAUAGAUGCAAAUUUACUGUUUAAAGUCGGAAUCAAACAACGUGCGAUCGUGUGUGUAACACGCUGUUGCGUAUGCCUGUUUAUAGUAGACCAAUGUUGGGUACGGAGUGGUUUGGCGGGUUGGAAGUGCACCAGUAUUUGAGAUGAGGUGACGCUCUUCCGUUAGUCUCGGUUUCCUUCCCCCAACUGCAACUGUUGCGGUUUUGCAGCUGUGAAGCAAAUCAUGCUCGAAGAGAUAUGGUUAGUGUGUGUGUGUUAGUUGUGUGUGCUUGCAAGAGGACGAAGGGCGCGAAUUUUUUGUACUUAAAACCCUUAUAAUUAAUGUUGAUAAAAGAGUCUUUGGUUCUUUGUUCUUUGGUUUGUUUGUAUUCCAAACCCUGGUGCAGAUUAUUAUUGGCACUUACUGUGUAUUGGAGCAUGAGAGGCCGGACAAAGGCAUUUCCUUCGGAAGAAAAAGUUUUUUUUCGUUCUCUCUCUUUUUUCUCAUAACACACGGAUUGAGCAAAGUGAAGAGAGUUAUCGGAAGGUAGCAGUAAAGCUACAACAACAACAGCAGCAACAACACACACGCACGUGACAGGCAAAAGUGCGAUGGAAGCGAAUUUUUGAAUAAAAUUAUACUUUAUAAUGUA